UUCUUUUUUUGCUUCGACUGAAGGUGACCGGACUCCCAACCCCCUUCUAAUUUUUAAGUACGGUUAUCAUACGUUCGUUUCAGAGCGCGGCCGUUGAAACCGCCUCAAGAGAAAAAAACAAGAGAGAGAUGAUAAAGAAGGGACGAGAGAGGAAGAGCUCUUUGACCGCCAUAGGUGAGCUCUAGAUGACGCCGGUUGCCUCCUCUUAGCGCCUUCCCUUUCGUAUUGUCCUCCCGGUUCGAGGCCUUCCGCGGUGGUUUCCCCCCAUCCGACGUGUCCCCCAAUCGCUCCCGAGAGCAGGGGUUUCGAUCUGGCGGAACGGGUGAAGGAAUCGAGAGGGAUCGGUUCGAUUUGUGGAUUUCCGGUGGCAUUCGGCGGGGGACUUGGCGAAUUGGGCUGCGAUCGGUUUGGUUUGGAGGGAGUCGAUGGGACCAGCGCGGUGCUCCGGCGUCGGAUCUGGGAAUUCCGGGGCCUAUACGACGGAAAUUGCGGAAUCCUUACGCUUCGAGGAGGAGAUCCACAGCAUUGUCCACCCCAGCUUGGACUCCUCCCCCGCGGCUGGCGGCUCCUUCACUGCGCUCCUCGGCCUCCCAGCCAACCAAGCCGUGGAGCUCCUCCACGAGACGGGCCCCAGUGAGGCCCCCGGCUCUGCCGCGGCCCCCUCCCCUACCGGUGAGCUGUGGCGGCUCCGCCUCGGCGAGCACGCCGCCGGCCCCCUCCACCUUCCGCUUGGCUGCUCUCCCACCUUCCCCUCCAACGCUGCCCUCGUGGAGCGCGCCGCGAGGUUCUCCGUCUUCGCCGCCGAGGAUUCACCGGCGUUGAGCUCCGGCGGCGGCCCUUCGCCACGGCUCAAGGCGGAGCCCCUCGACUCCGAUUCCCCCCCUCUCCUCCCUAUCCCUACCGAGAAGACUCAGCGGCCGGCAAAAAGGAAGGAGUGCGAGAAGAGCAAGGCGAAGGGACCCGCAAAGAAGAGCAAGAGCGCGGAGGAGACCACUGCCGCAGCAGCGAAGGAGACGGCGGCGGAGAACACCGAUGGUGAGAAGCUCCCCUAUGUUCACGUCCGUGCUCGCCGAGGCCAAGCCACCGAUAGCCACAGCUUAGCUGAGAGAGCGCGGAGGGAAAAAAUAAAUGCAAGGAUGAAGCUUCUCCAAGAAUUAGUUCCCGGGUGCAGCAAGAUAACAGGUACGGCUUUGGUGCUGGAUGAAAUCAUCAAUCACGUACAGUCGCUUCAGAGGCAAGUUGAGUUCCUGUCGAUGAGAUUAGCGGCCGUGAACCCGAGGAUCGACUUUGGCGGCCUCGACAGCUUUUUAUCGGCGGAGUGUGGACCGCUGGCGACGGCUAAUGGGAGGGGAGGAGUGGCCUUGGAUCCUGCGCUGUGGUCGUCGCACCCGGUAACGGCGAACGGAGCACGUUGGCUGCCGCAGCCGCAAAUCCGGCACGUCGAUGUCUGGCCAACUCAGCAGUCUUCGAUGGCGUGGACGAGGGAUGGACCCGCCCAUCCGCACGCCCUCCUCAACCCCGGGGCUUCGCUCGUCGGCUACGAUCCCGCCAGCUCCGUGUUGCUGAACUCGAACCAGUUGAAGACGGAACUCUGAACAGCAAGUGAUGGUGCUUUCAUACUGGCAUAUAACACCAGUUUGUACAGAGCAGAAUUAAUAUAUUGUUACGAUUAGUGGAGUGGAAGUUGGAAGAGCUUCGUUCACAAUUUCAUGUGACCAGCUCUCUGAUAAUUUAUUGCAGAGUAUAUACUCUACUUUCUCGUACAUUAUGCUUAUAUAAAUUUCAGCCUUAUGAUUGAAGCAGCUUUUUUA